AUGGAGUAUCGCUUUUUGAAAGGAUUCCUUGUGGUUUUGUUGAUACAACACAGCACUGCUGAAGAUCUACCUACCUCCAUCCAAUCAUCCACAUCACUCACCCUCCAUGAAGGCCAGACCUUACCUCAGGAACAGGAGUUGCCCCCAGCAGAGGUGGUACCCGUAGUGGCCCCCCCUAGUCUUGAGGAGGUGCAGCAAGCAGUGCAAGACGCCUCAGAGCAGGUGGAGGGUCGUGGGGCUGAGGAAGUGCUGAAGGAGCUGCUGGAGAGGGUGGUGGAGGCAGCUCUGGGGCAGGCAGAAGGAGGAGGUGAAGCAAAGGCAGAAGAGUCACCAAAGCAGGAAACAGUAGAGAAGGAAGCACUGGGAGCUGUACAAGGAGAGACUGAAACUGACAUGGGGGCAGAGGUGUUGGAGCAGGUAGUGGAAAAGGAAGGCGGUGAAGAAACUGACCCUAAGGAAAGAGAAAAUGCUGAUGAUGAAGAGCAGGGGAUAGCAGAUGUUGAUGCAUUUGUAGAUGUAGCUGAGGAGGGGAAAGAAGUUAUUGACGGUGAAUCUGCAGAUGAAAUAGCAAUAGGUGUAGAAACUGGAGGCAGUGAAACAGAGGAGGUGGAGGUCAUUGAUGGGUCUCCAGACACCAAAGUUAUUCAGGAGGUUGUAGAAGGAACUGUGGCUGCUUUAGAGAAGACAGAUGGGUAUUUCGUGGAUGAUGCAGGCGUGGAGGAUAACAAGGAAGUUCUGUUGUUGGAAGGAAAAGGAGCAGCCGAGGCUGAAACACAGGUGGCAGAGGAACCUCCAGCUGUUGUGGAGGUGGCAGCCGAUGGAGAGUCAGAGCAGGAGACUGUGGUAGAGUCUGAUUCUAGCUUGGCAGAGCAGAUAGAGGAUGAACAGGCUGUGGAGGUAGCUCCAGAAGAAAAAGCUGAGGUGGAUGGUGAGGAAGGAGAGGUGUUAGUCCCAACUUCUGAUAAUUAUGAAAUAGACACAACACAAACUAUUGUAGGAGAGCAGGAGGAGGAGGUAAACAUAGUGGAGGAUACUAUAAAAACAGAGAUAAAGGAUGAACAAGGACAGUUAGUGAUAGAGGAGGAAGCAGUUGAAGAGAUUGGAGCAGAAGGUGGCGAAAAUCAUAGAGUGAGCAUAACAGAGGACAACGUUUCGGAAGGUGAGGGCGUGGGUGACCAAAAAGAGGAAGAAGAGGAGCAGAUUGCUUUGGAGGACUUGCAUGGCAGUGACAAAGACAACCAAGAAGUGCUGGUGAUCUCUGCGCCAGAGCCUGACGAUGGUGCUGAAGUUUCCAUUGAGAACAGUCCUGAGAACCAGACUCCCACCCAAAGCCCAACCCUAGGAGAGGUGGAGAUGGCAGAAAAUACCCUCAGUGAUCAGACAUCUAACCAUGGCAAUGAGAUCAUCACCCCUACUGAUGAAGCUCUGCCAAAUGACCCUAUUGUGGCCCAGCCUACACUGGAUCAUUUUGUGAAAAAUGUUCUGGCAGAAGUCCCUCAGGUAGAGGCUGACGAACCCGGGGAGGCCAAUGAGCUGGUGGAAGAUGCAGCUGGACCCGCAGAAAUGAGUGAGCUUGGCCUGGAGGCAUGGAAGAUUGGGGCUAUUUCUGCUGCUGUUUUCUUGGUUUUGGAGACUGUUAUCAUCAUUGUCUAUAUCCUCAAAUGUCGAAACAAAAACAGUACCCUGGCCGGGCAACGAGCAUGUGAGGAAGGGUAUGUUGAGCCAGAGGCAGCUACAGGAGGUGACUGCAGCGACGACACACUUCCUGCAGGCAACGGGAACACGCAACAGGUAGCAUCGCUUGACUUAUCUGGUGUGGCUUCAACUCUGGCCCCAAACACAGAGGCGCAGGAAGAAGAGCAUGCAUUAGCCAUGUCCAACCUCCCGCCAAGCUCCACUGUGGAGUCAGGCACCAUUGGACGCGGACCAGACUCCUCACAAGACCUCAGGACUUCCACUCUCUAAGAGGUCUAACUGUUAUGUUUGUUCUAAAUAAAACCCCAAAAAGCCACUUGCCAUAAAUUACUCUUUAUUAACCAACCCAACACAGACUGCCUUGAAUAACUACAGAAUAUGUAACACAUUUAUAUCAGAUGUUGUUUGUCUGGGUGCAUUGUGAGGAUGCUCGUGUGUGUAUGAGGGUGUUUGUGUGUGUGUUUGUGCAUGUGUGAAAUCAAAGAAACAGAUACUGUAACACAUUUGUCGUGUGUUUGAAUGUGUUGAUGUCAAAGAUUGCAUUAACAGGUGAGAACUCCUGUGUAAAUGAGUGAACAGGGAGAGCAUGUUUAAGGAUACUCUGUGCAUGUACAAUUUGUAAGAUGAGUGUGUUAAUGAGAAAAAUAACCAUGUUUCCAAGGUUUUUGAGUGGUUAUGCAAACUUUUAGCCUGAAAUUAAAUAGUUAAGAAAUGUUUUUCAUACUGACGACAUCAGUUAUGCUGUAUGGAGCUGCUGAAAAUGAUGUAAGUGGUAGUGGGUAUGAACAUUUUUACACUUUAUCAGCAAUUAAGUGAGAUCAUCAAGUGCUAUGUGAGAAUCAUACAGGACUUUGCCUAACACUACCCUAUGUGCAACUACUUAUUGUUUCAUGAUUGAGAUUAAGUGUAAAAUUUGAUUUGUAUUCUGCAUAACUCCUGACAUUUGUAUCAUGA